UUGCGGACGAUGGUCACUGGCUAAAUUAUCCACUGGAAAUGGAACAUUCGUGAGUAUGACUUGGUACUUUUACUUACACUAUCAACAUAUUAUGUAUAAAUAUUGUCAGUAAAAUGUAUUAAUGAGUAAGCAUGAACGAACGAGUCGUUCUUGACGAUAUUUUUACGUGUUACGUUAGUAUGCAGCGGUGUGGCUGUCAUUAGCUUCUUACUGAUUGCUUAUAAUUUACUUCGAAGAUAAAUAUUAUUUUACUGUGACUAUUAGCGACAAAUUAUCGUUAUUUUGCAAAUUUUGGGUGAAAAUAUUUCAACUGGGUUCUAUUUGCAGCAUUUAUUUCGUUCAAUGUGGUGCGUUCAAGAGCUUGUAUACUCAUUUUGCCGUCCCCCAAGACGCCUAAAUAAGAUGAAUUGUCACUGUUAGCCAUACAUUUUGGUUCAUUUUUAGCCUCUUCCACCUGGAAUAUACAGUAUAGGAAACCUGAAGACUAAUAAUUCCGAUUUUGGCGAAGGCGUUGAAACGCAUCACAAUUUAUGACGCCAGAGCUUCUGGUGGACGCCUGCCCUCUGUGACGUCAGUGGCUUGAGCUUUAAAGUUUGGACAUCAAGAGUCAACAGAAUAUUACUUUGUUUUCUACCGACGCAAUUCGCUGAGAGAAAAUGGAGUCCUCCAACCUGCAACAAACUAGUUCCCUCAUUCCAAACCUGGAUGGGAUGGAGCUUCAGAACAUGCUGACUGAUCUUCAGAAGAAGUGUGAAACUUAUAAGUCCAAUUACAAUGUUCUUAAGCAUGAGCAUUCCAGCUUGCAGGAUGACUUAAUGCAUGCCCAGGGAGAAGUGAAGCGCCUGCUUGCUCAACAGGACAAGCUCCAGUCCCAGUUGUCUGAGCGAUCAGGAGAACUUCUGGACAAAAAAAGAGAGAAUGAGGAGCUUCGUCUACAAGUGAUGACCCCUCAACGUCUGGAGUUGCUCAAAGUGCAGGUGCAACAGGAGAUGGAGGCGCCGAUAAAAGAGCGUUUCCACAAACUAGAAGAGGAGGCAGAGAAGUACAGGUCAGACUUCAACAAGCUGCGCUAUGCCUUCACCGUGCUCAUUGCCCAGUUAGAACACCAAAAGGAGGAGGAUGUUGGUGCACUGGAGGGGCAGAGGAUGCGCUAUGAGAUUGCUCAUUUGAAGAAGGAGAAGGAUAACCUAGUGGCCCAGUACCAGAAUUCAGACCAACUGCAUGACAGGAAACACCUGGAGAUCCUGCUAAAGGAGAAAACGCAGCUCACCAUGAUGGUCAAGGGUCUGCAGGCAGAGGUGGCUGAGUUACAGGCCCUGAAGGACAACUCUGACCAGCAGGUUGAGAACAUUCAGCUCACCCAGAACCGGCAGCUAACAGAAUCUCAGGCUAUGGUCAAAUCUCUUGAGGCGGAGCGCCAGUCUCUGCGCCUGCGAGUGGAGCGCACUGAGGGUGAACUUAAUCUCAGCCAGGAGCAGAACAGCCAGCUCACUGGACAGUUGCACAAAGCUAAAAGAGAAGUCAGCUCCCUCACAUGCCAGAUUGAAAGCCUGAAGCUUUCACACAAGACUGAUGUGGACAAUGUCAAACUAGAGUUUACACGCUCAAAAGGGGAGGUGGAGAGGGAGAGAGAUACACUGAAGGGGCAGAUGGAGAGUCUGAAGACAGAGGUGGAGGUAUUAAAGGAAGUGCUGGAGAAGCACAAUGAAGUUCUUGUGGAGAAAGAAAGAGAGAUGGUCAGGAAGGUGAAAUCUGUUUGUGAAGAGGAACUCCACAAGACAACCAUAUUGCACGAGGAAAAGCUGGAGUUGGAGCAGCACCUCGCCAAGUUGGAACAGCAGAGGAUGCUGCAGGACACCACCGUGCAAGCUCAGAAAAGGGAAUGGGAGGAGCAACUUCGCUUUUCCCAGAAAAGCGAGGAGUCUAUGCGCAAAGAGCUUCAAGGCAUGAAAACCAGAUUAAAGAAACAAAGCUCUCAGUUGGAGGAGUUGGAGAGACAGCAAGCAGAGGUAGAGGACCUAAAGCAGAAAAAUCAACAACUGUGUGUCCAUGUAGGGACAUUGUCAAAGUCCGAAGCUGAGCUGAUAGACACAAAUCAACAUCUGAGGGAAAAACUGGCCGUGGUGAAGGAGGAUAGUGUUCGUCGAGGGGCAGAGCGGCUGGUGGAAGAUAGUAAGGCACGAGAGGCCAAGCUAGAAGAGAAAUACUCUCAACUCAAAGACAAAAUACAGAGGAUGGCAGCUGCUGAGAAGAAGCGGAAAGCCCAGGUGGAGAAAAAGGAGAAGAGUCUGCAGAACACAAUCCAAGUGCUGAAGGCACAAAUAGAUGAGCUUAACCGGGAAGGUGCUGCAGCCAACAAGAGGUUGCAGGACUAUCAGCAAAGGCACAGUGAGUUCCGGAGCCUCCUGAUGAGCAACAGUGGUUCUUUUGGUGCUGGCACUGCCCAAAUAACACCCACGUGCCGGCCUGCCCUUUUCCUUGGGCCUGAGAUACUGUUAUCCAACACACAAGAAGAUGAGAGAGAACAGCAACAACUAGCCCUAUUACGUCAGAGGGUGGAUGAUCUGGAAAGAGUCCAGCAGAAGCAGCUGGAAGAACUGGGAUGUGUUGAGCAGAGGGACCAGCACAACAACUACCUAUGCUGAUGCAUUGAACUGCCAUGGAGACUGACAACAAAGACGGGCUUUUCAGUACGACACUAACUUGACUUGAGGGUCCUCCUCUUGCUCGAGCUGUAUUGUUACAGAACAGGCAGGUGGCAUGACUUCAUCGACCCUCCAUCAGUCUUUGCCCGCAAACCUGGUUCCUGGCAUGCUGGGAUUGUCUGGCGGUGCCGAGAUGGAGCUUCAGAAGAUGCUCAUUGAUGAGAGGGCAAAGUGUGAGCUGCAUCGGCGCAACUAU